AAGGAGAGGAAGAGAGGAGGUCAGGGACAGUAUUAGGACGCGGCCCGUCCUCUCAGGUAAACAGGCUGAACUUUCUCCGGCGCCGUUAAAACUCCGUUAAACCGGUUGAACAUCAACUAAAGCGAUAGGAUCUCGGAGGAGAAACAUCAGGAGACUCUGGACCUGACUCCGGGUCAGAAGAACCGGGUGAGGCUCAGACUCUGAGAUCAUCAUGUCGUUUCCCUGACGACGACCCCGCCGUCCUCUACGGACCCCUCCUGUGACACGCUGCCGUUCCUGUUCUCUGAUUGGUCGCCCCUCACCUGUCUGUCAUCAUGGAGCUGACCUAUCAGAAUCUGCCAGCUCAGCUGAGGCGGAACUCCAAACUCAGGAAGCUGACGGCCGCGCUGCUCGCCGCCUACGCCGUCAGAAAACUGUCACUGUACGUCUGGAGGAGGAUACAGGGGAAUGCACCAGGUAAACAGCUGGGUGGAGCUAACCUCCCUGUGGGUGUGGUCGCCUCUGAGGAAAACAACAGAGAGAAAAAGAAGAAGAGAGACAGCAGGUCUCCAGCGGUGAACAGAGACUUCGUCCUUAGACUGUCUCGCCUGCUGAAGCUCCUGUUUCCACGGUUACUGUGUCCAGAGGUCGGACUGCUUAUCCUGCACUCAGUGACCCUGAUGACCAGAACUUUCCUGUCUGUCUACGUCGCUGCUCUGGACGGUGUGAUCGUCAGGUGUAUCGUUCAGAAGGAUCCUCGCUCCUUCGUGCUGCAGCUCUCUAAGUGGCUCCUUGUUGCCGUUCCUGCCACAUUCAUCAACAGCGCCAUCAGGUUCCUGGAGGGUCAGCUGACCCUGAGCUUCAGGAGCCGAUUGGUCAACCACGCCUACCAGCUGUACUUCACCAACCAGAUUUAUUACCGUGUCAGUAACAUGGACGCCCGUCUAUCAAACCCUGAUCAGUCUCUGACUGAGGACAUCGCCAUGUUCUCCGCCUCUGUCUCUCACCUGUACUCCAACCUGACCAAACCCAUCCUGGACGUGGUUGUCACCUGUUAUACUCUGCUGCGCACCGCCCAAUCUAAAGGAGCCAACACCACGUGGCCAUCGGUCAUUGCUGGCCUGGUGGUGGCGCUCACCGCUAAAGUCCUGCGCUCCUGCUCGCCACGGUUCGGGAAGCUGGUGUCCGAGGAAGCGAAGAGGAAAGGAGACCUGAGGUACAUGCACUCACGCAUCAUCGCCAACUCCGAGGAGAUCGCCUUUUACAGAGGACACCAGGUGGAGAUGUCCCAGCUGCAGAGGAGCUACAGGUCUCUGUCGUCUCAGAUCCAUCAGAUCCUGCUGAAGAGACUCUGGUACGUGAUGUUGGAGCAGUUCCUGAUGAAGUACGUGUGGAGCGCCUCCGGCCUGGUGAUGGUCGCUGUGCCCAUCAUCACCGCGACAGGAUACUCCAAACAUGACUCUGAGGAGGUGAAGCGGGCGGCCAUGGUGAUGAAGGAGGAGGAGCUGGUGAGUGAGAGGACGCAGGCGUUCACUACAGCCAGGAACCUCCUCAACGCCGGAGCCGAUGCCGUGGAGAGGAUCAUGAGCUCCUACAAGGAGGUGACAGAGUUGGCAGGUUACACAGCUCGAGUCUCUGAGAUGUUAGACGUGUUUGAGGAGGUGAAUCAGGGAAUCUACCAUCGCUCCUCGGACAGAGAGAAGGACAUAACAGGAGGAGGAGGAGAGGUUGUCCAACAUGGUCAGAGGGUCAGUGGUCGACUGGAGAUCAGAGGUCGGGUGAUCAGUGUGGAGAAGGGGAUUCGCUGUGAGAAUCUGCCGAUCAUCACACCAACAGGAGACGUGGUGGUGUCCAGCCUCAACAUCCAGGUGGAUGAAGGGAUGAAUGUGUUGAUCACUGGUCCAAAUGGUUGUGGGAAGAGUUCUCUGUUCAGGAUCCUCAGUGGACUGUGGCCUGUUUACGGAGGAGUCCUGUACCGUCCAGACCCCCGACACAUGUUCUACAUCCCACAGAGACCCUACAUGUCAGAGGGGACCCUCAGGGACCAGGUGAUCUAUCCAGACUCUGUGGAGGACAUGAUUCAGAGGGGGGUCACUGAUUCACAUCUGGAAGAGAUCCUCCAAAUCGUCCACCUGGUCUACAUCCUGGACCGAGAGGGAGGUUGGGAGUCAGUCAAUGACUGGAAGGACGUCCUGUCUGGAGGAGAGAAGCAGAGGAUGGGGAUGGCUCGAAUGUUCUACCACCGCCCUCGGUAUGCUCUGCUGGACGAGUGUACGAGUGCCGUCAGCAUCGAUGUGGAGGGAAACAUUUUCCAGGCUGCAAAGGAUGCUGGGAUAGCUCUGCUGUCAAUCACACACAGACCCUCCCUGUGGAAGUAUCACUCUCACCUGCUGCAGUUUGAUGGAGAAGGAGGAUGGAGGUUUGAACCUCUGGACGCCUCCACCCGUCUGUCUCUGCAGGAGGAGAAGCAGCGUCUGGAGAACCAGCUGUCAGGGAUUCCUAAGAUGCAGCAGAGACUGGCAGAGCUGUGUGUCCUCCUGGGGGAGAGAGAGGGGGAGGCAGAGGAGUGAAUAGAUGAAGAGGGGUCUCCUGAGUUUUACUAGUUACCAUGGAAACAGACUCAGCAGGACGGUCAUGUGACUGAAACUGAUGCUCAACUUCAGUUUGAUGUGAAACAGCCUUCUGAUCUGGACUGGACUGGACCGGACCAGACCAGACUGGACUGGACAGGAAUCAGUGUUUGUCUCAGAAACACAGACCAGACUGGGCUAGAGUUAGAGCUCAGUACUGGCUCUGGAUCAACUUCCCGCUGAAGAGUCAGAUUCAGUCACAUAACUCAGAGGUCAGCGGUCACGGUGAGGUCAUGUGACCCCCAGCAGGUGAUUUUUAAAUUGUGCCAUUUUUAACCUUUUAAUGUUUCUACAAUCGGAUAUUUUUACUGAAGCUGUUCCUUAAUAGAAACUAUAUGAUAUGACUAUAAUCAAUUAGCUGAUUAAUAAAUCAGUACACUGCUGCUGAAGAGUUUGAAUGAAGAGGAGACAGUCUGUGAUGAAGGUGAUGAUGUCUUGAACUCAAUUUUGUAGAAAAUAAGAUAAAGUAAUAAUGAUAAUAAA